AUGAGGUUGUGCGGUAACAGGUACGGGCGAGGUCUUCAAAUAUCUUUAGUAAAAGAAUAUUCUACUGAGGGCAAUGAUGUAUUCUGUUCCAAAUUACGUUGUCUGGAAAAUACAAGAGAAGAUGAUGAAAUCUUAGGUCUUGUCAACAUGUCCGUCUAUAGGAUCAGUGAAUUCGAGGGGAAAAUUGUAUUGGCAUCUGUCUCUGAAUCCGAUUUAAGUGUUCGAAACUACAAGCAAACGCAUGUUAAAGGAAAUUUUGAACAUACGUUUGGAGAGUUGACUGUAUCAUUUACAAAAGCUUCUGAUUGUUUUAGUGCAGUAUUUGGAUGUGAUGUAUAUUACACAAAUAGAAGGGGUCUAAUUAAGAAGAAAGAGAAUAAAACCAAACCUGUUGACCAAGUAAAUCGUAAACCGCUGAUGUUGAUGACAUUAGAGGCUAAAACUCCAGAGUUUGAUAAAACAAUUGAUAAAAUGUCAGAGUUUCUAAAAACAUUUAAAUAUCAAGAUCAAUUAAACAAUGCUGACUUGAAGAUGCAAUUACAGUUUUUAAAUGAUAAUCAAAUAUUAAACCAAACAGUACCUCAAGUAUAUAAUGCAAAGGAAAUAACAGUGAAACAUACAGUGUUAGGUAAUGCUACCAAUAUGAAGGAAAGAAAACAUCAAAGCUCGUCGUUUGAUCAAGUGGAAAAAACACAGACUCUUGAAAAUUCGGGUACAAAAAAUACGAUUACAUCUGACGAAUCAUUUCAAAUAUCGGAAACAUGUAAUGAAACAAAACAAGUUCUAAUAUCUAAAGAAAUACAAACAAGCACUGCGAUCAUGGAAAGACAAACAACAAAAGUUGAGGACGUGUUAAGGCAAUUAAACAUUUUAAUUAAACAUCAAGAGAAGUUGAGCGCUCGAGUAGAAAAUGUAUCGCUGGAUAUCCAGCGUUUUUCUAACGCAACUAAGAACAGUCAAGUCCUAUAUAAAACUAUGAUGGAUUUAAAAAUGGAUUUAUUAAACCUUACAAAUGAGAAAAUAAAAAAUAACGCUGAAAGCUUUGCUGAGAUUCAAAAUAGAAGUAUGAAAAAGCUGGAAGAAAAUAGCAAGCUACAGUAUGAAUCACACAUAAAAUCACUGAGGAAUUUGAUAAUGAAAGCGUUAGAGCUGAACGAUUCAGACAAUCAGAUAAAUGGGAGUGUACUAACAUCAAAUGACACAAUGGAAAGUCUAACUUCAAAAGCUAAAGAUAUCGAUGACUUAAUAAAUAAAUUGCUAGGAACUAAGAUAUCUAUUCUAAACCAAAUAGAACAAUUAAAAUGUACGACCAUGAUGAAGGAUGUGUUUAAAGAUUUAACGAAGGCUGAAGUUGCUGUCAACAGAAUUUCAUGUGAUAAUGAGACAGACGGUGGGGGAUGGAUUAUCAUACAGAGGCGCAUUAAAGGCGAUGUGAACUUCACACGACCUUGGAAAGAUUAUAAAGAGGGAUUCGGUUCGACGACUGGCGACUUUUGGUUAGGAAAUGACGUGAUUUCAGCAUUGACUAAUUUGGGUUUUAAUGAACUUAGAUUCGACAUGAAGUAUGAAGGUACAGACUACUAUGCUGUGUAUACAGGUUUUAAGGUAGAAAAUGAAGAGGCAAAGUAUAAGAUGAGCUAUACUUCAUUUAGUGGUGGGAAUGUUAUAGACAACUUGAGUUUGCAUCAAGGCAUGAAGUUUACAACCAUUGACUCUGAUAACGACAGAUCAUCAAAAAAUUGUGCGAUAGACAGAAGAGGUGGCUGGUGGUAUGAAGAUUGUCACUAUGUUAAUGUCAACGGUGAAUGGGGUAGUCUUGUGAAUAGAAAAGGAGUUCACUGGAAUAGCGUUACAGGCCACGAUUACUCUUUAGACUUUGUCGAGAUGAAGGUUCGAAAAACGUAAUCUAUAUAUAUAUAUAUAUAUAUAUA